GAACGGCGCAUGCAAUUCGAACUUGUUCCUGCGUGUUCCGCUCAUCGAUAUAUUUCGUGCAUCUGUGUGUUCGUGUGUGGGACGAGUACGGAGACCGCAGUAUACCGCAAAUAAAGUGAGGAGAGGAAGAGAGAAGAAAAACAAAAAAGUAAUAAAACAAGAGGAAAGUAGCCGCAGCCAGUGAAAGAGUAUCCAGUAUUUAUAAAUCCGCACAAAUAACUUUAGUUAAUAAGCUUCGCAUCAACGUAAACAAUAAUGUCUGAAGGUGAGCCAGUUUCCACCCCUGAAGGAGUCGACAAUGAGAUCGAGUCUAGCUACAAGCCUCCACCAGAAAAGUCAAUUGAAGAGAUCCUGGCUGCUGAUCAGGAGGAUGAGAGCCUCAGGAAAUACAAAGAAACCUUGCUAGGCAACGCCCAAUCGGGUGUAGUGAUUGUUGAGCCUGACAAUCCACGUCGUGUUAUUGUUAAGAAGCUUGUUCUUGUGGUUGCUGAUAGGCCAGAGAUUGCCUUAGACCUGUCUGGUGAUUUGAGCAAACUGAAAAAGGAGACUUUUGUCAUCAAGGAGGGAGUGUCUUACAAGAUUCGCAUAGAGUUCCUGGUGCAAAGGGAGAUUGUUCACGGACUGAAGUAUGUCCAGAAGACAUACAGAAUGGCUGUUCCAGGAUUGACUGAUCCAGUGGACAAGAUGGCCCACAUGGUGGGUUCCUACGCUCCGAAAACGGAGAUGCAAUCAUACACCACCCCAUCGGAGGACGCCCCGAGCGGAAUGAUGGCCAGGGGUUCCUACGUAGUUCAAUCCUUAUUCACCGACGAUGACAAAAAUGAACACUUGAAAUGGGAGUGGACGUUCGAGAUUAAGAAGGAUUGGAAAGAUUAGAGUGGAGGAUAUUUUUUAAGCAAAACAAAGAAAAGAAAAUCGUAAGGGAGGAAACAUCAGAAAUAAAAGAGAGAGACAUCAAAGAUUAUAAUUAUUAUUAUUACUAUUAUUAUUUCUAGUAAUUUAAGAUUAAAACCAAGUAUUUUUCGCUUGCUCCUAAUAAUUAUAUAAUCAUAUAUUUGAAAACAAAUAACCUUUUGAUCCAUUUACACGUAUUUUUAAAUGAGACAAUUUAUAGAAGAAUAUAUUAUAUCCUUAAAGAAUAUGCCUUAAACAUGAACGUAACUACUAACUUUCGUUUUAUAAAUCCAGAAACCAAAAUAUCCUCUUCCAAGAACCAGGGAAAAAGUUAGUGUGUGUGUGAGUGACUAUAUCUUAUUUCUUAAGUUAUAAAUAUAUAUAUUGUGUAAAAGUAUGUUAUCCUCUUUGCUCAAAAUGGUAUUCUGAGAAAAUGGAAAUAAUUAUUUAAAGAAACAAGAUGGAGACAAAAAAAACAAGAGAGAAUAUUUUUGCAUUUGUGGCUUCCUCAAUGAAACUGUUCAGCAUUUCAAGUAGACUGCUUUAAAUUAUGUGAAAACAAAAUCUUUAAUUUCGUGUAACAAUUAUAUAGAAUAUAGAGAUUGUAA